UAUGGUAUGGUGAAUAUAUAGCAAUUGCACACAGAAAACACCAUUAAUACGUGUGUCUACGUGUGAAAUGCAACGCCGCCAUUGAAGAACACCUUCUUCUUGCUGUUUUCAAGCAUGUCGUGUUCAAUUCGUUUCAUCUCCAAUACAAUUCCAGGACAUGGGCGACAGGAGGGAUGUCUCCCUUGCUCGGGAGUUUCAGGAGGAGCAGUGAGCAUAUCAUCUUGCACUACUCGUGGUGACCACCACAAAGUCAUUUGUGAUGUCAAGUUUUUUUCCUUGACAUGUGCCUCUAGGAGCAGACCUGCUGCAUGCAAUGCAAGUUCUGGCAGGUAUAGAAGAAACCCAGAUUUUCCAAAGCAGAACAAAAGUGGGUUCUCCCGCAGCUGGAACAGGUACAAUGAAGAGAGAGAUGGUUAUGAGAACCUUGAAGAAUCUGAAAUUAUUUCUUCAAAAAAUGGGCAAUUACUUUCCGUCUCUGGAAACCCAAAAUUCCAAGCGACUUCAACUCCAGGUCCUAGGGAAAAGGAAAUUGUCGAAUUAUUCCGAAAGGUCCAGGCUCGUCUUCGUGAAAGAACAGCAGUCAAGGAAGAGAAGAAAAUUGAGGAUUCACAAGGAAAAAGCAAAGAGAGUGAGACUGUUGAUUCUCUUCUCAAGCUUUUAAGGAAACAUUCAGUUCAGCAGGGCAAGAAAAAGAGCAACAGUGCCAGCAGUAGGGACUUUGUCCUUGACCAGCCCGAACAGGUAGGUCCAUUUUCUGAAGACAGAAGCACGAGCACCUUGGACUCUAAUAAUAGUGUGAAGCAAGAGAUGCAAGAAAGCCAGAGACUACAUGUUAGCAGGCCAGCAUCUAACUUCCGUAAAAGGUCUCCAGUCCCCCAAGUCAAAUUUCAGCCUGUUUACUCAGACGAUGGCCCUAUUAAUUCUGUCUCACAUGUCAAUGGGAAAAGCAGGGAGAUGGAAACUAAUGCUGAACCUGAUGUGGAGCCAAUUUUUUCAGAAGGGGACGUGUUUGAUCAGAUCUCGGAAGAUGAAACUUCUGAAAUUUUUGAAAGUGACAAUGAUGAAGAAUCGGAAGAAGAGACCCCGGUCAUUGCCAAUUUAAGUGGAAUGAAGCUGUCUGAGUUGAGAGCUCUUGCAAAGUCUCGUGGUUUGAAAGGAUUCUCAAAGAUGAAAAAACAAGAGCUCAUUGAGUUGCUAUGUGGAAGCUCAAUCUGAUCUCCAAUCCUGAAGUAAGAAGAAAACCUGAAUAAUUUUUACAUGCUGAAAUUUUGUCUACUUGUUCUUUUGUUGUUAUAUACAGUCUCAUAUUUGGCUUUCGCAAGAUCUCUGGUUUUUUUUUAAAACCUUUUAAAUAGAUUUGUAGUGGUGGACUAGGAUUUUGGAUUCUUUUACAUCAUGAAAUGUGGUAUGCAUUGUCUCGAUUUGGAUUU